GUUUAGAAACACGACUGACUGACCCUCCUCUCUUCACCGACUCGACUUUCGCUUUAUGCCAAUUGCACCGUGAACAACCUGAUACCUGGCUCACCAUUGUCUGCCAUACCGUGAGACAUCCAUCCAUCCCAUAACACUUCACACCUCUGCCUGCUCCCUUUGGCCUCAAUCAUUCCACCAACAGACCUCGACACCGGUUACAGUAUCUGAGACGACGUCCAUCCGCCAUGAACACGACAGACGAUAUUCUGUAGACAGAGAUAGGACUGGAAAGGGUCACAGUCCCGGUUGGAGGACGAUCUUGUAGCCUCGACGCAUAACAACCGACAACGUCCCCGGAAAGCCCGUCGAAGAUGGUUCAGCACAAUGAAGAGUCGAUUUCUCCCACGACGCGCAGUCCACGCUCGGAUUCUCCUGGUAUGUCAAACGGGAGCGGAAAUGGAUUGGCAGCAGUUCGACAGUCAGGCUUGCGAACUGAGGUGAGCUCUGAGAAGUCAUCCCAGGUACCCCAAGACUUGGAUCAUGCUUCCUCUUCCGCAAAUGGGCAUACAAAGGGUCACAAUAGCGAGGCAGCAGAUUAUCUCAAUGGUGGAAGCCCCCACGAAGAUUACAGUAUGAACACACCUAAUGGGUCGACCACAGCGAACAGUGCUCCGCAACGCCAAUCUGCACUCAAGCAGGUCUGGGGCCCAGAAGGGAGCUCGAAUGUCACAGGUACAACCACUCCUCCUGGACGAAGGAGCGUUCAAUUUGCGCGGUCAAACACUGGGACAGACUUUGCGCAUAAUAGGCAAGAUUCGUGGGAGGAUGCAGAGACGCGAGAACGCCGUGGCCCGUCUCUCAUGUCCAAACUGAAGGCUCUAGCAUCUUCAGGGAGUCUGCAAGGUCAUAUUAGGAGCCAGAGCAACACCGCCAACUCGAUUGACGAAGGCUCUCAUACUGCACCCGUCACUCCAACAGCCGAAAGGUCUACUAGGCUUCCCCGGACUUUGACUGAGGAGGGAAGCGAUGAGGAUGCCGAUGCAGAAGAGACUGCGGAUGAAGAGAUCCCAACUGAUGGUCUGCGGGCUAGACGAAAGCAAAGGUUCCGGCGGCCUCAAGAAAGUGGGAGUGGGAGCCAAACUGCCCCGAAUACUCCCAGAACUCGAGGUAUGGGAUAUGCAGAUUCUCCAAGCGGCAGCAGUCGUGUUAUUCCAUUCCUUGGCAGACGGGCCACAGACGGAUCACUGGAACAAAGAGGUCACUUGUCAGAGGGCGAAGGUAGAGAUCAAUUGAACAACAGGAGUGCUUGGAGACGCGGAAGUUCAUGGAUAUCUGGUGCUAGGGGUCUAAAUCAUGCAAGUAGCGAGCAGGGCCCUGAAGUCGAUGGUGCACCAGCAUCAAGGCGGCCGAGUAACUUCAGACGGAUCACGGGGCUUGGAGGUGGUCAAAGUGAAGGAGAAGGCCAAGCUCCUCGACGUCCUUUCCUAGGUGCUGAGCGGGCCACUACCUUUGGAGCUCAAAGAUGGCGCAUGCUGAAGCACGGUCUCAAGCUCUUGGGGCAGCGGAAAGAAGAGCACAGAGUCGACUAUCUCAAAUCAGCAGAGUUGAUGGCUGAACUACGAGCCGGGGCUCCAGCAGCACUCAUGUUAGCCAGUAUGAUCCAGAGAGAUGAGCACGGCAACAAACGCAUUCCCGUCCUGCUCGAACAGCUCAAGCUACAUGUAACUGACAGUAAAUCUAGCGUCGAGGAAUCUACCGAUACCGAACGCCAUCUUGUAUUUAGAAUUGAGCUGGAGUACGGUAGUGGCUUGAAUCGGAUGAAAUGGGUCAUCCACAGGUCACUACGAGAUUUUGCGAAUCUGCAUUUACGAUAUAAGCUCCAGGGCAGUAGCGACAAGUACAUUCAGCUUAGGAGUGACGUGGACUCGCGACCGAAGCAACCUCGCUUCCCUAAGUCUGCAUUCCCUUAUUUCAGAGGCGUUCGUGGACUUGGUGAGAGCGAGGAAGACGAGGCUGACAACGUUCGAGUCGAUGACACCGUCGGCGAAGCCACGCAUAGCGAAAAUGACCGCAAGAAGAAGAAGCGCCGUCCUUCACUAGGCGCAACACGCAGAAAAUCAAGCGCCGUAACCCAUGAAGCGGGUUCAGGCGUCAUUGUUGGAGCAAACCAGCCCGCACAGCAGACUCGUGCCUACAAUGAGAGACAACGGAGAAGACUCGAGCAAUACUUACAGGAGAUGAUACGAUGGCUUAUCUUUAGAGCAGACAGCAAUAGACUUUGUCGAUUCCUGGAGCUGUCUGCGCUUGGGGUCCGACUUGCUGCUGAAGGUAGCUACCAUGGCAAAGAGGGUUAUUUAAUUAUCCAAUCUGCAAAAGGUCUAGACGUCAGGAGAUUGCUCACACCCAAGAAUGUGUUUUCCAGGCAUUCUCCCAAAUGGUUUCUGGUCAGGCACAGUUAUAUUGUUUGUGUAGAUUCUCCAGAAAAUAUGCACAUCUACGACGUGUAUCUCGUUGAUCCAAAAUUUGAGAUAAGACAGAAGCGUCGUAAGCUAAAGGAUGUCGGCGGGAAAGAGCUUGUAGCAACGGCCAAGACAUCAGCUAAACACCCGCAACAUCAUAGUCUGAAGUUGCAGAACUCAGAACGGAAGAUCAAGCUCUUGGCCAAAAACGAGCGUCAAUUACGCCAGUUUGAGGAGUCCAUCGGAUUCAUGUUGAACAAUACACUAUGGGCCAAGGAAAAUCGGUUUGGAAGCUUUGCACCUAUCAGAACCGGAGUCUAUGCUCAGUGGCUGGUUGAUGGCCGAGAUUAUAUGUGGAAUGUCUCUCGUGCUAUCAACAUGGCCAAAGACGUGAUCUACAUCCACGACUGGUGGCUUAGCCCUCAGCUUUACAUGAGAAGACCUGCGGCUAUUAGUCAAAAAUGGCGACUCGAUAGACUCCUUCAGAAGAAGGCCAGGGAAGGGGUCAAGAUAUUCAUUAUUGUCUACAGGAACGUGGAGGCCGCAAUACCGAUCGACUCGGAAUUUACGAAAUUCUCUAUGCUGGACCUUCACCCGAAUAUCUUUGUGCAGCGAUCACCAAAUCAGUUCAAAAAGAACCAGUUCUUCUUCGCUCACCAUGAAAAAAUCUGCAUUGUUGACCACACAGUCGCGUUUGUUGGUGGCAUUGAUCUUUGCUUCGGUCGUUGGGAUACCCCUCAGCAUUCUGUGGUGGACGAUAAACCUACUGGCUUUGAACAAUCUGACCUACCCAAGGAUGCGGAUCACUGUCAACUAUGGCCUGGCAAAGAUUAUUCCAAUCCUCGAGUCCAAGAUUUCUAUCAGCUAAAUGAGCCAUACGCAGAAAUGUACGAUCGGUCCAAGACGCCUAGAAUGCCCUGGCACGAUAUCUCGAUGCAAGUCGUAGGACAGCCGGCACGAGAUCUAACUCGACACUUUGUUCAAAGAUGGAAUUACGUACUUCGAGGACGGAAACCAACAAGACCAACGCCAUUUCUCUUACCUCCCCCCGACUAUAAUGCCGCUGACCUUGAAGCACUUGGCCUGACCGGGACGUGCGAAGUACAGAUUCUACGCUCUGCUUCAGAUUGGUCACUUGGACUUACCGACACCGAACACAGCAUCAUGAACGCAUACUGCAAAAUGAUCGAAGAGUCAGAACACUUUGUCUAUAUCGAGAAUCAGUUCUUCAUUACUAGCUGUGAAACAAUGAACGUCAAAAUUGCGAAUAAGAUCGGGGACGCGAUUGUUGAACGUGCCGUGCGAGCAUUUCAAAACAACGAGAGCUGGCGCUGUGUUGUUCUGAUUCCUCUCAUGCCUGGAUUCCAAAAUACCGUGGACGAGCCUGAAGGUACAAGUGUUCGUUUGAUUAUGCAAUGCCAAUUUCGCAGCAUCUGCCGUGGCGAGGGGUCCAUAUUCGGUCGGUUGAGGAGCCAAGGUAUCGACCCUGAAGAAUACGUCCAAUUCUACAGUCUUCGAACUUGGGGUAGGAUAGGGCCCAGGAAGAUGCUCGUGACGGAACAACUAUACAUUCAUGCCAAGUGCAUUAUUGUAGAUGACAGAGUGGCAUUGAUUGGGUCUGCCAACAUAAACGAGCGCUCUAUGGUAGGCAAUAGAGAUUCUGAAUGCGCCGCGGUAGUACGAGAUACAGAUAUGCUCUGGUCCACCAUGGAUGGAGAACCUUAUCUCGUUGGCCGUUUCGCUCAUACCUUGCGUAUGAGACUCAUGCGAGAGCACCUGGGCCUCGAUGUUGACGAGGUGAUGGAAGAAGAACGGAGAGCGGAGUUGGAUCGUGAAGAGGAAGAGUACGAAGCAAAAAUGAACGGGAUUUACAAUGAAGAGGGUCCGAAAGGAACGGAGCAACUUUCAUACCGCGAGGGCCAGACAGUGUCAUCGGACCAGGCAACUCGAAUUGCCAAUGCUGAGCGCUUACGAAGCUUUAACCACGAUGUUGAUUGGGAGGAAGAAGACAACCCCAACUUGAUGCCCGACAAGUUCAAAUCCGUAACCAGCGACAAAAGAGUCACGGGCAAUGCUCAACAUGCUGCAGAAGUCGAUGGUGAAGGCCCAGACCGAUGGAAGGCAGCCGAGAAAAGCGGUGCUGUGCUUGGAAGAGACUCUGUUCUCGUUGAUGGAGGCCGUGAAGUCCUAGUUACCGAUUUUGCUGCAGAAGGCAAAGGCACCCUGAACCAUCCAAGGAAGGACCACGUUCGACCGUCCGUGGGUCAUCGUCAUGAGAGCAAUGACAACUUCGCAGGUAACGAAAGCAUUCCCCCUAUGCCGACCCUACCGAGGAAGACGACAGAGCAGUUGGGCCUGCCACAGCUGUCACAGCUUCCUUCCCUCCCAAUUAUUGACGACACCGAUAUCGGUGGACCUCCUGUCCACUUGGAUCACACUGGAAAUCCUGCCCCAAAGGCAUUCAAUCCCCUUACAGCUGAUAUCAAAGUUGCACCAUUGGACAAGGAUUGCAUGCGAGAUCCUCUCAACGACUCUUUCUUCGAAGACACUUGGAGACAGAUUGCAGACAAUAAUACCAAGAUCUUCAGGCGAGUGUUUCGCUGCAAUCCCGACAGCGAGGUAACCAAUUGGCACGAAUACACAGAAUUUGUUGCUUAUGCAGAGAGGUUUUCACAAGCGCAGGGCGGCGUAAAAAGUUCAGAGCGUGAGGGGCAAGAAGCGCCAGGAAAGAGUGGGCCGCCUGGUGCUGCUGCUGUAGGAACAGGGCCAGAAAAGAUUUCCCAAGGAUUGAACAGCGUGACCGAAAAGAUCACAUCGCAUGGGCAAGAUAAACACCCAUUAGGUACUGUUGCCGAAUGGGCUGAAGAUGCGACGAAGAGGAACAUCGAUCGGAUCGAUACUACUGGGGCUCGUGAACCUCAAACCAGCGGACAACUUGACGGCAUAGACGAAAAAACCGCGAGCAAUAGACGCUCAGAUGAAGCGCCUUCUCCGAUUCAGCCAGCAGGCGAUGAAACUUUCCCGUCCCUCGAUGCCACGUUCCUCGUUCCUACAGCAGAGCAGAGUUCUCAACCAGCGCCUCGAAAGACCACGUUUUCUUCAUCCGAAAAAACUGCAAGUCCCGCUGGAAAUUCCUCCAACAACCAAGGUUCUUUCAAGAGACGCCGCCGUGGAACAACAAAGGGUAGUCGACGUGGCUUCUCGUCGAGCUUCUCUGCUAGCGAUGAUCUACUGACCCAGAACGAUGUCGAAGAGCUUCUUAGCCUAGUCCAAGGAAAUCUCGUCUUCUUCCCCUAUGACUGGCUCAUCAAAGAAGAGUUGAAUUCAAACUGGCUUUACCAGGUAGACCAGGUUGCCCCACUUCAAAUCUACGACUAAGAUAUAGCAGGAUGGAUUCGGAUUUGUAUAUUUGUAACAAUUGGUGCAAUCAGGGCGGGCAUGGACAUGGCUUCUGUAUAUUUGCAUACGAGCGAAGCGUUGCUUUCAAGAUGUAUUAUGGCAUCAUUGCAUAAAUUUAAACUCUUUCACUGACCCAUAUC